GCGGAGUGAGAGAACUGUCGGGUUUGUUCAGGGUGAUACAGAUCUCUGAGGCAAGUGAGAACGAGCGCUCAGUAUACACUAGAACCUGCUGAAGGCCGUUGUAAAUUAUGUAUAUAAGUUGCCGAUAUUAUUCGGGUGCACAUGAAUGUACAUUCGCACAACUUAGAGCCGAUAAACCGAGGAGCGAGUGGAAAUUCUGUAAACGAACGACCAGCAUUGUCUGAAGUGGAACACGUAGCUACAGUCUCUCACACAGACCGAGGCUCGACGACUCCGCUGGGGAUUUUCAAACCGACACACCACGACAGGCGAAUUAAAUGUAACGAGAAAAACAAAGGCGCCCACGAAAUCUCGUCUAAAGCCUUUUGUAAAUGUACUUAUAUUUUCAGUGGGCGUAAAAUAAUGUUUUUAUGCGUAAAGCUGCUAUAAAUCUAGUUUAAUAACGCCUUAAAUAGCGAUAGGAAAAUUAUACUGAGUUAGCUUGUUAUCUGAACUGAGUGGCUUGUUUUAUUUGUUUGGUUGUUUCUGAGUAAUUACAACGCUAGGCCGACGAGCUACGGUUUCAUUUUGGGGUUUACUUGAACAGAAUCACCCAACAGUUUAAAGGAAAACACUGCAGCUUUCCCAGCAGUCCUGGUUGAACUCCUGGUUGAACUCAUUUUGUACGAGCUAGGAGAUGUGUGGAUUUCUUUGAUUAGUGUUGCACCUAAGUGGGUUUUGAAGGGAAUGUAGGAAAUGGUAAGAAAGAAAGUAAGGACUGAAAUUAUUCUCCAACAGCUGUGGUCUUACCCUUCUGUGUGACUUUAAAGCAUUAAAGAAAAGGAGACAGAGAGCACAAGAGAAGAGGAAACGUGAGAAAGUGUCACCAGUUUGACUAGGGGAGGACAUCAGACAUCUGCAGCACUGGAAAACAGCCUGACAGACUACAAGGGGUGAGUGGGUGAUCACAGAAAGAGAGAGAGACGGGGACUGACAGAGGAGUAAAGUUUUGGAGGAGGAGGUUUAGGAGGGGUGGGAAAGGCCUUUCCCCAUGGCUACUGACCCCGGAGAGCCCACAGGCACAGAUGACUCCUCAGAAACACCUGAUGGACAGAGGAAGGGGGACAAAGAGCGGGAGGGCAGGUCCAGUGAACAAAAGGAGAGGACAUACAACAUCCCCUCUCAACUACCCUCCAAGACUCAAGAGAGGACUGCAGCAGGAGGAAAGGAUGGUGCAAACCAAGUAGGAGGGGGGCAAGUCAGCCGGGCAGGUGAGGACACCAUAGUAAGAGCCAUUUCAUUCUCCACACCCUCUUUACCAAUAGACACUGGUCAAAAACGACUGAGAAGGGAGAAGCGCUUCUUCAGGAAGAGUGUGGAGAUUUGUGAGGAGGAUGAUAUAGUGGAGGUGUUCCCUGAAGGGUCCCACAGUGCCCCUAACCUGGAGCUGCGCUCCUCAGACUCAGUCUUCACCAACAGUGCCCAGCAACAAGGAGCUGCUUCAUCCUGUGCUGCCCUGGGUCAUGACCCAUCUUUUCCCAGCUCUAGCCAGGAGCCUGGCAAGGAUGCUCCUGCAUCUGCACCCACUCAGAGGGGGAAGGAAAGGGAGCGUGAGCAGGAGGAGGAGGCAGAGAUGAAGGCUGUGGCCACCUCCCCUGGAGGCAGGUUUCUUAAAUUUGACAUUGAACUUGGCAGAGGAGCCUUCAAAACAGUGUAUAAAGGCCUGGACACAGAGACAUGGGUGGAGGUGGCUUGGUGUGAACUACAGGACCGCAAGCUCACCAAGGCAGAACAGCAACGCUUCAAGGAAGAGGCAGAAAUGUUGAAGGGGCUUCAGCAUCCUAACAUUGUCCGCUUCUAUGAUUCCUGGGAAUCAGUUCUUCGUGGCAAGAAGUGCAUCGUACUGGUCACUGAACUCAUGACUUCAGGAACACUCAAAACUUAUCUUAAGCGCUUUAAGGUAAUGAAACCCAAAGUGCUGAGGAGUUGGUGUAGGCAAAUCCUGAAGGGCCUUCACUUCCUUCAUACCAGGACUCCUCCAAUUGUCCACCGGGACCUGAAGUGUGACAACAUCUUCAUCACAGGCCCCACAGGAUCAGUCAAAAUAGGUGACCUUGGACUGGCCACUCUUAUGAGGACCUCUUUUGCCAAGAGUGUCAUAGGAACACCAGAGUUCAUGGCUCCAGAGAUGUAUGAAGAGCACUAUGAUGAGUCUGUGGAUGUUUACGCGUUUGGGAUGUGCAUGCUGGAGAUGGCUACUUCAGAAUACCCCUACUCUGAGUGCCAAAAUGCAGCUCAGAUUUAUCGCAAAGUCACAAGUGGCAUAAAGCCAGCCAGCUUUGAUAAAGUCAAUGAUCCAGAGAUUAAAGAGAUUAUUGAAUGCUGCAUUCGUCAGAACAAGAGUCAGAGACUCUCCAUCAGAGACCUCCUGAACCAUGCGUUCUUUGGGGAGGAUACAGGGGUUCGGGUGGAGCUGGCAGAGGAGGAUACAGGCAUCCAGGACUUUCUAGCUCUCCGGAUUUGGGUUGAAGAACCCAAGAAGCUAAAGGGGAAGCACAAAGACAAUGAGGCCAUCGAAUUCAGUUAUGACCUGGAGAAUGAUAGCGCCGAAGAGGUGGCUCUAGAGAUGGUGAAGUCAGGCUUCUUCCAUGAGAGCGAUGCCAAGGUGGUGGGAAAAUCCAUUCGGGACAGAGUAAAUCAGAUCAAAAAGUCACGGGAGCGUCGACAGCAGCAGCGUCUACAGCAGCAACAGGGUUUUGAAGAAAGAAGAGACUCCACUUUCACCUCUGACACCUUUUCCCAUCCAUCAUACUCCUCACUGGGGCCAAGGGCAGCUGGACAGACUGGAGGAGGAGGAGGAGGAGGAGGAGGAGGACAGGAGUGUGAGGAGCUGUCUGAAGUGGACCAGCAUGUCAGACAGCAACAUAUUUUUAGUGCAACAGCCCUUGGUCUACCAGAAGGUGAGAGCAUUGGGUCUGCCAGCUGUGAAACUUAUGCAGGUGGACAGAGCCAGGCAUACUCUCAACAAGAGGAGUCAUACACCCACUCCCAAACUAGUCUCCCCUCUACAGCAUCUGGCACUGGCACAUUGGUUCAUUCUCAAAUGCCCCCCAUCAGUGAGAGUGGAAGCAUCCCAAAUGUGCCUCUUGGUCAGAGUGUUAAUAUGUCCAGCAUGUCCAUAGGCCAAAGUGGUGGGGGGCCUGUUGGUCAGCCAUUUCUUCAGCCCAGUGGCAUGGUUCCACAGGUAUCACCAAGUGUGCCUCAACAAUAUUUUCAGGCGCAAACAUUCCUAUCAGAUGCAUUUCAAACUGCCACUCCCCAUGGAUCAAUGGCAUCUUCACAGUCAUACAUACCUGCUGUUUCCCCACAAGCACCCAUUAAUAUUCUAACUACACCUAUGUCAGUCAGUAAUCCUGUUGGUGUAGUAGGGGCCGUUGUGCCCCUCACUCAGCAGACCCAAACCCCUGCCACUCCCAUGCAGUUCACUGACAUCAUUCCCCAGGCAGAACCCAAGCAAGCACAUCCUGUAAUGAUCCCUCAGCAGACUAUUGUCCAACAACAGAUUGGGAUGGAUCCCCAGACUGCCACCCUUCAGCAGCAGCCACAACAGCAAAUUCUACUUGAACAACAAGUUAAUGCCACUCAGCCACCAAUGGAACAGCAUCAACAGAGCCUUUCUGCUACAGCUGUCCACACACAUCCACACGAGCCACAGCAGCAGACCUACGUACAGCAGCCUGUGCCACCUGUCCAGCCAGCUCCUCAGCACCAAGUGUUACCUACACAAACAGACAUGGAACAACAGGGUAUGUUAUUACCACUAUCUGAAGAGCAACCUCAGACUUAUAAAAAGCAGCCAGCAGGGGAUGUUAACAAACAGGCCACAUUGCAACAACGGCUCCAGCAACAGCAAACUCUGCUACAGCAGCAGCAACAUUUAGGACAACAACCUUUACUUCUUGAUCAACAUCAGACACAAGUCCAGCAACAGCUUGAUCGACAGCAACACAAAGCGCUGCCUCAACAGCAACAGCAGCAACAGGCCCAACUACAACAGCAUCAACUGGAUCAGCAGCAAGCACUUAUGCACAAGCAGUUGUUGGAUCAGCAACAACAAGCUCUUAUUCAACAGCAACAAGAGCAGCAGCAGCCACCACAAAGUCUUGUACAACAACAGCAACCACAAGCACUUUUACAACAGCAGUUAGAGCAACAGCAGCAACAGCACCAGAGCCAGUUAUAUCAACAAACUGGGCUGCACCAAGCUGGAGCACAAAAUGAAUCAGAGAAACAACAGCAAAGUGGACAACAGCAGCAACAAUUUGUAUUGCAGCAGCAAUCCCAACAGACUCAACAGCAAAAGGAACAACAACUACAGCAGCAAGCCUUACUCCAACAAAUGGAGCAACAACAGCAACAAGUACUCAUACAACAGCAUUUGCACCAGCAGGCUAUUUUACAACAGCAGCAGCUACAACCGAAAGUUCAGCUACACCUACAGCAACAAGAGGAGCAACACAUGCAGCUCAAACAGCCGACGGAUCAGCAGCAGCAGCAAGCUCUGCUGCAGUUAGAGUUAGAACAACAGUGUCAGCAGCAAGUUCUGUCACAACAACAACAAGCUGAGAGACUGCAGCAACAGGCUCUGAUACAGCAACAGAUUCAAGAGCAGCAGCAAGCAGCCAUCAUCCAGCUUCAGAAAACUGAAAAACAAGGGGCUCUCCCUGUUCCACAACCUAACAGUGAGCAGCAAAUUCAGCAGCAACAACCAGCUGAUAUACAGCACGUGUGUAUCCCACAGCUAAACACCACUCAGUUUACACCUCAUACCACUCUCACACAGCAGCAGGUGAUAGAGCAACAGCAGCAACAGGCCCAACUACAACAGCAUCAACUGGAUCAGCAGCAAGCACUUAUGCACAAGCAGUUGUUGGAUCAGCAACAACAAGCUCUUAUUCAACAGCAACAAGAGCAGCAGCAGCCACCACAAAGUCUUGUACAACAACAGCAACCACAAGCACUUUUACAACAGCAGUUAGAGCAACAGCAGCAACAGCACCAGAGCCAGUUAUAUCAACAAACUGGGCUGCACCAAGCUGGAGCACAAAAUGAAUCAGAGAAACAACAGCAAAGUGGACAACAGCAGCAACAAUUUGUAUUGCAGCAGCAAUCCCAACAGACUCAACAGCAAAAGGAACAACAACUACAGCAGCAAGCCUUACUCCAACAAAUGGAGCAACAACAGCAACAAGUACUCAUACAACAGCAUUUGCACCAGCAGGCUAUUUUACAACAGCAGCAGCUACAACCGAAAGUUCAGCUACACCUACAGCAACAAGAGGAGCAACACAUGCAGCUCAAACAGCCGACGGAUCAGCAGCAGCAGCAAGCUCUGCUGCAGUUAGAGUUAGAACAACAGUGUCAGCAGCAAGUUCUGUCACAACAACAACAAGCUGAGAGACUGCAGCAACAGGCUCUGAUACAGCAACAGAUUCAAGAGCAGCAGCAAGCAGCCAUCAUCCAGCUUCAGAAAACUGAAAAACAAGGGGCUCUCCCUGUUCCACAACCUAACAGUGAGCAGCAAAUUCAGCAGCAACAACCAGCUGAUAUACAGCACGUGUGUAUCCCACAGCUAAACACCACUCAGUUUACACCUCAUACCACUCUCACACAGCAGCAGGUGAUAGAGCAACAGCAGCAACAGGCCCAACUACAACAGCAUCAACUGGAUCAGCAGCAAGCACUUAUGCACAAGCAGUUGUUGGAUCAGCAACAACAAGCUCUUAUUCAACAGCAACAAGAGCAGCAGCAGCCACCACAAAGUCUUGUACAACAACAGCAACCACAAGCACUUUUACAACAGCAGUUAGAGCAACAGCAGCAACAGCACCAGAGCCAGUUAUAUCAACAAACUGGGCUGCACCAAGCUGGAGCACAAAAUGAAUCAGAGAAACAACAGCAGCAACAAUUUGUAUUGCAGCAGCAAUCCCAACAGACUCAACAGCAAAAGGAACAACAACUACAGCAGCAAGCCUUACUCCAACAAAUGGAGCAACAACAGCAACAAGUACUCAUACAACAGCAUUUGCACCAGCAGGCUAUUUUACAACAGCAGCAGCUACAACCGAAAGUUCAGCUACACCUACAGCAACAAGAGGAGCAACACAUGCAGCUCAAACAGCCGACGGAUCAGCAGCAGCAGCAAGCUCUGCUGCAGUUAGAGUUAGAACAACAGUGUCAGCAGCAAGUUCUAUCACAACAACAACAAGCUGAGAGACGGGCUCUGAUACAGCAACAGAUUCAAGAGCAGCAGCAAGCAGCCAUCAUCCAGCUUCAGAAAACUGAAAAACAAGGGGCUCUCCCUGUUCCACAACCUAACAGUGAGCAGCAAAUUCAGCAGCAACAACCAGCUGAUAUACAGCACGUGUGUAUCCCACAGCUAAACGCCACUCAGUUUACACCUCAUACCACUCUCACACAGCAGCAGGUGAUAGAGCAACAGCAGCAAGUAGCAUUGAUCCAGCAGCAGCAGUCAUUUGUUGCCCAGCCACAGCAUCACACUUCUGUAAUGGAACAUCAUAUCCCAACUGGAGCUCUAUCUGGUAAUGAGAUGAUUCAGCACCAAACUCAAAUUGUCUCACAGGUUCAGGUUCCCUUGGCUCUUCAGACUAUGCAGAUCCCUUUCCAGUCAUCUUCUCUUGUCCCAACACAAAUCCUUACCCAGCAAGGACAAAGCGAGGCUCAUCUCCAGAAUCAGGGUAAGAUCCCAGUCCAUUUUAGAGCCCAGUCACCAGCACAGGCAGUACAAGCUGUGAUUGAGACCCAAAUAACUCCUCCAGUGGCAAUGAUCCAAGGACAGACUCAGGUCCUCCAGACCCCGAAGAUUCCUUUGCAGUCUACUUUUCCGGGACCUGUCAAUCCCACACAGAGCCAGGUAACUGCUCAGCCAUUAAUUCAGCCUCUGCACCCAACAGUUAAUCAGUCCCAGACACUACACAGCCAGGGCCCAUCUGUUGACAUUCAGAUGAUGGGCCAGGGUACUGUCCAGCCUCCAGCUAGGCUGGCCUCUGUUCCCAGUCAGAUCCAACAGGAGUCUCAUGCUCAGCAAAAUACUCAAAUGCCAGGGCUCAUGCAGCCCCAGCUCCAGCAACACACUCAAGGCCAGCCUCCAAGCCAGGUGCAUGCUCUGCCUACUGCUGUCCUUGUGACCCCUCAGUAUGUCCCUCCGCUUACCCAACAAGCCAUACAAGCUGUACAGCAGGAUAUAGUUCAUAUUGCACAACAACAGCAGCCAAUACAGCAGUGUCAGCAAAUGGUUUUGUCACCUGGCUCAGCUGGAAGUGUUGAAACAGAUAGUCUCAGUUCUGUAGUUGACCCUGGCCAAACAACACCAGUUGUUCAGUCCCAGCAGAAGCCCAUAGAAAUCACUGCUGACCCUCCAGUCAUUCACCCCAUCUCUACUAUGACUCCAUCUACUGAGCAAUACCAGCAAUGCCUACAGAAGGUCUCGCAGGUGCAGAAGCCACUAGCUCCACCUCCUGUGCACCCCCAGUUAUUGGCACAGCCCAUCCCAACUCCCAUCCAUCAAUCAGUUUCUAUUGAGCAGGCUUUGAUACCCCUUGCCGAGAGUCAGCUGCCCCCACAGUGUCCACCUGCUUCACAUCUGGUGACCCACCCCCCUGCACAUAUAGUCUCCAGUAAUGUGGCUGAGCUUCAGUCCCCAGACAGAACCCCACCGCUCUGUACUCAUCUGCAGGCAGUCCCUCCUCCAUCUCCACUGCACCAGGCCAAGCAGAUGCUGCCAUCUCACACACACACACAAACCAGCAUUCAGGCCCGAACACACUCCCAAACACAGACACUUGUUCAGACACAGACUCAUUCACACACUCAGACACUUACAGAGACGCCUAGAGCUGAACAGCUUGUCUUACCCCAUGCUGUCUUUCCCACACAACAUGUGCCCCUCAGUCUCUCUCAUACCUCAUGUCCCCCAACAUCACUACCAUCUUUCCCAUCCCACCAUCCUGCUGCUUCCUCUGCGCCAGAACUGCCUUCAUCUGCACCAGCUGCCCAGGUAACCUUACCAGGGCAGGUCGACUUUAUACCCACCUCCCCCCAACCUGUCACUGCUCUACAAUCGCUUGAAUCUAAUGACCCCAAACCACCCCAAGCUUCGCUGCAAGACUGUGACCUUUCCCUGCUGGGCAUUGCUCAGGAUGGACCACACCUCUCAAGUACAGAACAUCAUUCUUCUACAGGCUCUGUUCCUGCUAAUGGAGAAGAAACUCUUCAGCUCUUGUCCAAUGGGAAGUUAGAGAAAUCAAAAAUUCAAAAAAGAGCUUCCUGUCAGAAGUCUGAGAAGGUUUCACAUCAGUUUCAGUUGAGCAUGCUCCAGGUGUCCAACAGUGGGGACAACAUGGUGGAAUGUCAGCUGGAGACUCAUAGCAACAAGAUGGUGACAUUUAAAUUUGAUAUUGAAGGGGAUGCCCCCGAAGACAUAGCAGAUUACAUGGUGGAGGAGAAUUUUGUCCUUGAUGUAGAGAAAGAGAAAUUUGUUGAGGAGCUUAGAGCAAUAGUUAAGAAAGCCCAUGAGAUUCUUCAGACACAUUCACAGACUGGAUCAACUGACCAGUUACAUACGAACACUCCCACUAGCUCAGCAACAGAGUCAGUGCCCCAUUCCUCCCCAGUGGGGCGCUGGCGCUUCUUUAUCAACCAGACCAUCCGCCAUAGAGACUCUUUGUCCAGCCAGGGAGCAGCUACGUCACCACCCACUGCAGAGACAGGGAUACCCCAGUCUCCUAAAACAGAGAAAGAAAGUGAAGGAUCCCAAAGGCUGGAAUCAAUGACUGGAAUGGCCUCUUCCCCCUGCCCCACUCUUCCUACCGCCUCCCCUCUAGUUUCCACAAUCUCAGCUCCUGUCUCCAUGGCCCUGCCAGCUGCCGUUUCCCCUGCUCCUCACACCACUGCCUCUGAUAACAUCACUGCACCAGCCUCCACUCUUGAAGCCUCUGUCCCUGUCAAUGCUUCAGGUGGCCUUGAACUGCCAGUCCUCACCUCUGCUACUACUGACCAAAUUCCUAACCUCCCCAUCUUGUCCACAUCUUCUACUGUUGUUUCUCCCACACCAACCGUCGUUUUCUCUGAUACCCUCACUUCCCUUGGAACCAGUGGUUGCGCCACUGUAGUUCAAAGUAUAAAGUAUACAGUGAUAACUGAUCCAAGGUCCCAUUUGUCUGCAGUAGACAAGUCUUCACCCUCUUAUCAUUCCCAUCCUUCUGAUUCUGCAGUACAGCUAAAUGCUAGCCCUGUACCACAGCAGCAGAUUCCACAACAAACCCAAAUUCCUGUUUUUUUCCAACACAUACAGUCACAGAAACAGCUGCAACACACUGAGCACCAGCAGGAGGUGGUUAAAGCCACAGACACACCCCAGAAACAGCAGCAGUUUCUACUGCAGAAGCAGUCCUCUUUACAGAUGUCAGAGUCAGAGGUGUCCGCAGGAGAAACAAGUGUCACAGAGGACACAGGCAACCACUCUGCUCCUUUUCACCCUUCCUCUGACUCUUCUCUGCCACCUCUCCAUCUGGGCACCACUGAAGCCCCCUUACCUGCUUUGUCCCAGACAAUGACUCCAUCCCCUGCUCAGCCUUCCUCUGUAGCUGAGUCAGACAGUGAAGGGCCACCCAAAAUUGAAUUUGUAGACAACCGCAUGAAGACUCUGGAUGAAAAGCUGAGGAACUUGUUAUAUCAGGAAUACAGCACAGCAUGGGCUGGGGGAGCUGCCUCUGGCCCUCCAUCAGCUGCUUCCACAUCAGCAGGAGGAGACGAGUCAUCUGAGCCACAGUCUUUCCCCCCACCGGCCUCCUCCUCAGAUACUUCCCCCCACUUUUCAUCUUCCACUACCUCCUCCACCAACUCCCGUUCCUCCUCCACCACCCCUGACCCUGAGAGGGAUGGAGGAGAGGAAGCUCCCUCAGAAAUGCCCAUUUCUACAGAGCUGGGUCCAGUGGAGCAGCAGCCUGGCUCAUCCACCCUAUCUGCCGCUCCCUUCCCUUCCAGUCAGUAUGACUUUGUUUGGCCCCAGGGUCAGGGUCCACCUGUACCAGAAGAACCGACCAUUCUUGCUGUUCCCCCACACUCUGACACCAGUACCACUGGAGAUGCAUCAUGGUCCCCCAGUCAGCACCCGAUCUCCAUCCGGCAUGGACAGCACCAGCACAAUGAAGGAGGUGGAUAUUUUGGCCUAAACCUGACAUGUCCUAGUAUCAGAAAUCCUGUUAGCAAGAAAUCCUGGACUCGCAAAUUCAAAAACUGGGCGUGCAAACUGCGCCACUCCGCCAGCUUGUUCAAGAAGCCCAGAGUCCAGCAAGAUGGACAUCCCAGCAGUCAGGCACUCAGAGAGGAGAAGGAGGCACCACCCCUUAAUCCACCUCAGUCUCGCAAAGGACGAUUUCAGGUGACUCCAGUGCCUCAGACCUCUCCCUCAAUGGAUGCACAAUCAGGCCAAGGUAGCACUCACAGGAAAGUGGGUCGCUUCUCUGUAACCCAGGCUGAGAUGAAGAAAGAGGACAGGCAGACUGACAGCUCCCCGGUGUCUCCUGAUUUGGAGAGGGAGAAGAGGAGAUCUCGGCCAAAGGAAGGCGAGAAAGAAGAAAGUAAGAGGGCCCCAGCAAUGGCCCACUUGCCUCGAGGUCAUGGACACAGCCACUCAGCCCUGGGCAGCAGUGAUGAUGAUGAUGAGAGUGAGUUGGAGGAUGAAGACCUAAAAAGAGAGCUAUACAAGCUCCGGGACAAGCACAUCAAAGAGGUGGUAUCUCUUCAGGCCCAGCAGAACAGAGAGCUGCAGGAACUGUACAGACAGCUUCGAUCCCUCAAAGAUCAAAGGCAAAGUUUGCCUGUCUCCCUGUCCCGGACCCCUUCUUUCUCCACGGCAACUCCUACCAUCUCUCCUCGCAGACCCAGGCCAGCCAAAGUCAAGCUCCGGUCCCGGCCUCACUCUCACAUGGAUAACAAUGGAGUUUCAUGCUCUGGAAUUCAGCAGUCAAGUAGUUUUUCAGGGGGUGAACAGAGCAGACUGCCCCUAUACUGCAGCCCAGAGCACCACAUUUCACUACCUGCUAAAAGAGAUCACAGUCCUCUAAGAAAAAGCACAUUCACAGAUGAACUGCACAAACUUGUUGAUAAUUGGACGAAGGAUCCAGUGUGCCCCGCCCCACAAAAGCCUUCAUUGAAUCAGAUCAAGCAGAAUCAGCAGGUACAGGAGUUGGGAGGCUGGAGCCAGUUGACUGAGGUGGCUCCACCAGGUUGGUUUCCGGUGGCACCACUAAACCCCCAGGUAUCUCUAGCCCCUGCCAGCUUGCCUGUGGCAGCCUCUUCCCAUUAUACAAGUGGAGGGAGUCUGUCUACCCUGCACCCUCCAGGACCUCCAUCACACACGCACAUGUGCCAAAAUUCACCCAACACCUCCCACCUCUACCCUUCCUCUGGGACAGAAAUAAAACCGAGGCAAAGUGUCAGUAUGAAGCUGCAAGAGAUUGGACUCGGAAGUCAUUCCGGUUACUCAAGCACAGAGGAUGUUCUGAGUCUCUUAAAACUGAUUCUGAGGACUGAGGACCAAGGAGUGAGGAGGCUGCUGGAGGACUCAUGA